AUGUCUGGUAGAGGAAAGGGUGGAAAAGGUCUGGGCAAGGGUGGUGCCAAGCGCCAUCGCAAGGUUCUUCGCGACAAUAUCCAGGGCAUCACCAAGCCCGCCAUCCGCCGCCUGGCCCGACGCGGUGGUGUCAAGCGCAUCUCCGGCCUCAUCUACGAGGAGACCCGCGGUGUGCUGAAGGUGUUUCUGGAGAACGUGAUCCGGGACGCCGUCACCUACACAGAGCACGCUAAGCGCAAGACCGUCACCGCCAUGGAUGUGGUCUACGCGCUCAAGCGCCAGGGCCGCACCCUGUAUGGCUUUGGAGGCUAGACUGCACCGCCACUGCCUCUUUACCCAUCCCUAACGGCCCUUUUUAGGGCCAACCACAGCCUCAU